CGCUACUGGAGCGCGGUGCUGCGCCACUGCGUGGAGUGCACACACUGCGCGGGGCCCGGCCGCGAGGUGACCGUCAGACCCUGCGACGGCGUCCGGGACGCGCAAUGCGGCUCCAUCCGCGACCUGGACAUCGACUGGGAGUGGGUGCGCGACCGCGGCGUCGGCAGCGGCAGCGCCGGCCUCGGCAAGGUCAAGGGAACCCCCGGGCUGCACGAGCGCAUCAACUCGCUGUCGGAGGCCGAGGCCCAGCUCCGCGAUGAGCUCAGGCACUUGCCGCCGCCGCAGCACCCGCAGCACCACGCCGUCAGCGACAGGACGGACAGGCUGGUGGACUUCGGCGACGACUACAUCCUGCCGGACCACCCCCGGCAGCCCCAGCCCAAGAAGGAGAAGAAGCACCGCAGGAAGAAGGUGCCGCACCACCGGCCCGCGCCAAAGCCGUUCGGGGACUACGACGACUUCGGCGACUUCGGCGCGAGCGGCGACGCGCAUGUGGACAUGAGCGACGACGAGGACCUGGCCAUGGCGUCGUGGAGCCGCCUGCACCACCACGGCCGCGCGUCCAGCACGCCCUCGCCCUCCACCACGCCCACGCCCACCACCACCACGGCCAGGCCGACCACCAGCGCCGUCAACCUGGUGGAGGACUUCAUCGUGGAGAAGGAGGUGGAGGAGGCGCUGCGGCACGUGCCGCACAUCGACGUGGUGGCCACGACGCAGACCUUCUCGACGGCCGAGACGCUGGUCUGGGACUGGCAGGCCGGCGUCCUGGUGGCCGCCGUGUGCGCCUGCCUCCUGUUCUUCAUCGUGGCCGCGGCCUACUCGUGCCAGCACGCGCUGCACUUCAAGAAGCUCAAGAAGCACCUCGACGCAGACAUGGAGGAGAUCUCCACCCGACUGGCGCUCAUGGCGGCCAUGGGGUCGGAGAACUUGCAGGACGGCGGGGCCGGCGCGUCGUCGGCGGAGAAGGCUGACAUGGCUUUUCCAGUGAGAAGAGGUGACCACCUCCGCGCUGGAAGACAACAGAACGAGUACUGCCUAGCGGCGAUGCCCACCAAGACCCGCGUGUAGCCGUGCCGGCCGUGCCCGCGUCGCUACGCGUUGCCAGUGUAGAGGGCAACACCCACAUUUCACACCUUGUACAAAUUAGAGACCUUACUUUUCGUACCAAAUUGAUUGCUUCGUAUAUUUGUUGUAAAUAGUUGAAGUGGAAAAAAAAAAUAUCUGUGACUCUUCUUGUUUUUUGUGUCUUUUUUUGUUUCUUAUUUUCAAAAAGCAGGAGAGAAAAAUAAAUUUAUGAAAUUACCCAU